AUAAAUUUGGUAUACCGUGAAAUUUACAAAAAUAACCCAAAAGAUGGAUUGUGAUUAGUGAUGAGCUAAAAAAUCAAUUUUUUUUUUUUGGGAGGAAUCAAGAAGCAAAGAAGCACUAUGAUGAAUAGUGGAGUGCUUCGUCUAGAAAAUCAACAGCCCUCAAUUCCGCCAUCUCUACUUUCGCAUCUUUACCUUGGACACUUUCUCUCAAGAUGGACUGCCAGAACCAGGUGAUUAUGAAAGCCACGAGGAUGAGGGUUUGCUCUUUUUGCUGUAAUUUUAAUUGGAGAUUGGAUUUCUAAUUCAAGAUGAUAUACUCCCUCUGUGCCUAAAUGGAUUGCAUGAAAGCCAAACUGAGGCAAAAUCCCAAGUCCUUGCUGCUGUUUAUGGUGCUGUCGAGACAGCUUCCACCGCAUUGCUUGGACCAGUGGUUGGAGAUUUGGUAGAUAAGUUGGCAUAUCCUAAGGCUCUCAAGUUAUGGCUAUUAUGCAAAAAUCUUUCAUUUACGGUUGCUGGUGGUGCAAUGAUUGCCCUUUUGGUUCACUCAAUCAACUUUAGGGCAUUUAUGUUGCUCAUAAUAUUGGUCAAUAUCUCCGGAGCUGUUGCUGCGCUUUCCACUAUGGCAGGAACAAUAUUGAUUGAAAGAGAAUGGUGAUCCAAGCUAAUAGCCUAAAUCAGUGUGCAAUUUCAGAAUCCAAAAUACGCAAUAUGAAUUUUUUUUAGAGAUGCACUCAUUUUGCAGGGUGGUGGUGAUAUCAGAAGGCCAUACUCCCGAGAUGCUGUCGCGCAUGAAUUCAACAAUACGGCGUAUAGAUUUAGUCUCCAAGUUAUUUGCUCCUGUCAUUUCAGGAUCUAUUAUAAGUUUUAUCUCCCUGACAGCUUCAGCCAUGACUCUAGCACUGUGGAACAUAAUAUCGGUUUGCCUAGAAUACUACCUCCUAACAUCCGUUUACAAUGGGAUUCCAGUUUUAAGAGAAUGCAGCCUUAGAAGGGUCUUAAGAUCUUUACCAAACAAUAUCGAACUUAACCCUUCUGUUAAUCAUGAAGAGGAGAGCUUGCUUAAUGUAGAAAAAAAUGAAUCUGAAAGCAGCAGGUGGGUAAAAAUAAGGGACCAUGUUUCAAGAAUCCUUUAUAUCAAUGCUUGGAAAGUCUACUUGCAGCAAGAUGUACUUCUCCCAGGGUUAGCUCUUGCACUUCUCUACUUCACUGUACUCAGCUUUGGUUCCUUAAUGACGGCUAGACUUGAAUGGGAAGGCAUUCCUGCAUAUGUUAUUGGGAUUGCACGCGGUAUAAGUGCAGCAAUAGGGAUAGCUGCUACAUUUUUGUACCCUUUUUUGCAGUCUCAAAUUUCAACUGUUCGUACGGGGCUAUGGUCAAUAUGGUCUCAGUGGAGCUGCCUCUUGGUAUGUUUAGCUUCCAUAUGGGUAAAUAAGAAACUGGUAUCAGCAUACAUGCUUAUGACCGGAGUGGCUGCCUCACGCUUGGGAUUAUGGAUGUUCGAUUUGUCAGUCAUUCAGCAAAUGCAGGAUGAUGGUGCAGAAAGUGAUCGUUGUGUGGUUGGAGGGGUUCAGAACUCACUGCAAUCUCUAUUUGAUUUGAUGACUUAUUUAGCAGGCAUCGUUGUAUCAGAUCCUCAGGAUUUCUGGGAGUUGAUAUUGGUAUCCUUUAUGCUGGUGACUCUGGCUGCGGUUUUGUACAGCAUACACGCAUAUCGCAUUAGGAAGCACCUUUUCCAUUUUGAGAAAUUACAUUUCAUUCGUCGCCAAUUCUAUUGUUGUUUCGGUUUGGACGAUUGAUCUAAUGGUCACUCGGGCAAGCAGGACCGGGUAAUGUCGCCAAUAUUAGUUACAUAAAUAGAUAUGCAUUCG